CUUUCACCCACCCUUGGCGUCCUUCAAUCGGGGAAGGAGCAGAUUAUUUGUAACAGAUUAUUUCCCUUCCCAUUGCGGGUUCUUCUUUCUUUCUUUCUUUUUGGCUCGCCCCUCAUCCAAGCCAGAGCAGGCGUCCUUGCCCUCGCCUGCCCCACCGCUUUCAGCAAACAUCACGCUCUCCAUCAUCCCCCCCCCGGCCUCCCCAGCCCCGCACCCAGGUCCGAACACGCCUCGCAUCACGGGAUCCGAGUCACGAACUUUUGCAGGAUUAGCCCGGGCACCGCCUUAAGCGCUUUCCAGCCAAUCCAAGCGCAGAAGAGGCUGGGCCAGCUCCGGCCUGGAAAGGCUAAGAAGCGGAGCCCCUGGCCCGAAACGAACCACAGGGAGCCCGGAGAGAGACACUCGAGACGGGGACGCAUAGCUGAAGAUCUUCCUUUUGUCACAGGUUUCAUAAUGAAGUUCUAUCUGUGCAUAUUGGCCCUCAGUUUGGACGCAUGCUUUGCUGCUCCUAACCUAGACCCAGCUCUGGAUACACACUGGAACUCAUGGAAAACCUGGCAUGGCAAGAAGUACCAUGAGAAAGAGGAAGGCUGGAGGAGAAUGAUUUGGGAGAAGAACCUGAAGAUGAUUGAGUUGCACAACCUGGACCACAGCUUGGGCAAGCACAGCUACAGACUAGGAAUGAAUCAUUUUGGAGACAUGACUAAUGAGGAGUUUAGGCAAAUAAUGAAUGGAUUGAAGUACUCCAAAACAGAAAGGAAAUACAGAGGAUCAGAGUUCCUUGAGCCAAACUUCUUGGAAGUUCCAAAAUCCAUUGACUGGAGAGAGAAGGGAUAUGUAACUCCAGUGAAGGAUCAGGGUCAGUGUGGCUCUUGCUGGGCAUUCAGUACAACGGGCUCCCUUGAGGGACAGCACUUCCGCAAAACUGGCAAGCUGGUGUCCUUGAGUGAGCAGAAUCUGGUGGAUUGUUCUCGGCCUGAAGGAAACCAGGGCUGCAACGGUGGCCUCAUGGACCAGGCUUUCCAGUACAUAAAGAUCAACGGUGGCAUUGAUUCAGAGGAUUCCUACCCGUACGUUGCUAAGGAUGAUGAAGACUGCAUGUACAAGUCCGAAUAUAAUGCUGCUAAUGACACUGGGUUUGUGGACAUCCCAGAAGGGCAUGAAAGGGCACUCAUGAAAGCAGUGGCUGCCGUUGGGCCAGUCUCUGUGGCUAUUGAUGCCGGUCACUCCAGCUUCCAGUUUUAUGAAUCGGGUAUUUAUUAUGAACCAGACUGCAGUAGUGAAGAACUGGAUCAUGGUGUUCUUGUUGUGGGUUAUGGUUUUAAAGGUUCAGAGGAAGAUAGCAAGAAGAAGUACUGGAUUGUCAAAAACAGCUGGAGUGAGAAGUGGGGUGACAAAGGCUAUAUUCUUAUGGCCAAAGACCGAAAUAACCAUUGCGGUAUAGCUACAGCAGCUAGCUAUCCUCUAGUAUAAUUUUAUAGGUAAAGGAGUGGCUAGUACAGCCACAACAGUCUUAAGUUUGAGAUGAACCAUUGGAAUAAACUCCAGCUUGUUGGUCUCACCACAUACCUUAUGAGGCCAUCGAGGUAUUUCUGCACCAGAAAGGACUUCAAACUGGUUACUUGCACAUGUUACUAAUACAUGCAGUGGUUGCAUUGGUUUCUUCCAAGCUCUGAGUUGUGAUUUUGUUGUCAGGUUUUUUUUUUAACCUUGAGCCUCUUUGAUGUUUACUUGAUGGGAAUAUGUGAUACUUUUUUUUAAACUUAAUGUAAAUGUCAUUUAUGUACACAAGUUUGUGAUAUGGAUAGCUUGUGCACUGGCUAAAUCAUAGGUUCUUUUUUUAAUUUUUUUUUAAGCAGCAAGUUGCCCAAAGUUACAACUUUUAAAAUAAACACUGAACAUUUCAA